GGGGAACAUGGAUCAUGUUUGUUUUUGGUGGGGAGAGAAGCAGCAAGCUGCAUUCGACCAAUGGAAGAUCGCGAUCACGUCGCCGCCCGUCCUUCGCAUUGCCGAUCCUGACAAUCCAUACGAAGUCAUCACCGACGCCAGCGACAUUGCCAUUGGCACAAUUCUUCUACAGGAUUUUGGCGAAGGAUUACAGCCAGUCACCUACGAAUCACGAAAGCUGCAGGGUGCACAGAAAAAAUACACGGUACACGACAAGGAAAUGUUGGCGAUCGUCCACGCGUUCAAGACCUGGCAAUGCUACCUGACAAGCGCUGACGUCACUGUGCGGACCGACCAAAAAUCCCUCCAGUACCUGCGAGCCCAACCGAAUCUCAACCCACGACAGAUCCGAUGGCUCGAUUUCCUCGAAAAAUUACAGCUGAACAAACUGCCCAACUGUUCAUCGCGAACGUCAUCAGCCUGCAUGGACUGCCCACCGCCAUUAUUUCAGACCGAGACCCGAAAUUCACAUCGAAUUUCUGGCGCCAUCUGUGAGACCAGUUCGUUACCAAACUAUAGUUUUCCUCGGCCUACCACCCACAGACUGACGGGUAGAUCGAACGAGUCAACCAAACUAUGGAGCAGCUCAUUCGGACUAACUGCACUGACCUACAGACAUUGGAGAAAUCUUUUCCGCUGCUGGAAUUCGCGUAUUAUAACGCGCCUUCCGCAACAACCCAUCACUCCCCAUUUUUCCUCAAUUACGGAUAGGACCCAGUGCUGACACCUCUGCAAGAACCGAGGACUG